AUGGAUACUCCUAUACCAUCGUUACAGCUGCCAGCACUAAUCAUUGGUGUCAUUUAUUAACUUGGAUAAAUCAUCUUAACACUAUUCAAUUACUUUUACCAACUUAUAUAAAACCAAGAAUCAUAAUUUAUGAUUUGGGUUUAAAACGAGAACAUAAAAAGCAUCUUAAGGCUUUCAAAUCAAUUAAUUACUAUACCGAACUUCGUACUUUUGACUUCUCGAAAUAUCCGCUAUUUUGGGAUCUUCGAAAAAAUGAAUCUUCAAGGGGUGAAUAUGGUUGGAAAGCUGGAAUUCUCAAAGAAAUUUCUGAGGAAUUUCCUGGAAUUCUGAUGUGGGCCGAUACUGGAACUCUCUUUGGUCAAAAGAUCUUAGAAAACCUUCCUGAG